UUUGUUCCGUCAAACCCAUUAAAAAAAUGGGAAAAAAGAAACUCAAUCAAAAUUGGUGGUUUUGAACGUGGGUGCCGUAGCUGUGCUUGCAGUGGCCGUGUGCGUGUCGGCUGUGGUGUGGGCUGUUGUGGCUUGUCGUGUGGUGUUCAUCAUUGGGCUGCGCAUCCGCCGUUGUUCGUGGUGUUGAAGAUUGUGAGUGGGCUUUGUGGGUUGACGGUGGCCAUUGGAGGUGCUUCCACGGUGGAGAGAGUGACGGCCGAUUGUUUGUGGUGUCGAACGGAGAUGCACAGUCGCUACGCCGGGCUGAGAACGGAGACGAAUCGCCGGUGGUGUGAACGGGGUUUUUCCCUCUGUUAGUCGUGAGUAAGAAGCGGCUGAAAGUAGUCGUGCGCGGUGGCUGUAGGUGUUCAGUAGGGUGAUCUGCAAUUUUUUGUGAUUUUGGUGGAAGAAAGGGGGAGUUUGGUUGUAGGCUUAAACCCAUCCAGAAAAUUCUAGUAUUCAAGAGUGGCAUUUGGAAUGAUAAAGACUUUGAUCCAUCCUUGCAAAAAAUGAAACAUACAUGAAAGCUGCUGCCUAGCUCAUUAGAAUAUCUCACUGAAACUUAACGUGAAAAAUAUAAAGUGGAAAGGAAAAGGACGAUGCGGCUUUAUGAAGAAAAAAACGAGUGAUAGUGCAUUGCAAUUCCCUGUGGGAAAGAUUGAAGGGCCUAUGCAAUUAAGGUCCAAAGGACCUAAGAUGGAGCUCACUCUAACACAACCUGAUGACUGGCAUCUUCACCUCCGUGAUGGUGAUCUUCUUGAAGCUGUUGUCUCUCACAGUGCAAGUCACUUUGGAAGGGCGAUAGUGAUGCCAAAUCUGAAGCCCCCCAUCACAACCACAGCUGCUGCUGUGGCUUAUCGAGAAUCGAUCUUGAAAGCUCUGCCUGCGAAUAGCAAUUUCACUCCUCUUAUGACACUUUAUUUGACAGAUACAACAAGUCCAAUAGAGAUCAAGCUUGCAAGAAGAAGUGGGGCUGUUUUUGCUGUGAAGUUGUACCCUGCUGGUGCUACAACAAAUUCUCAAGAUGGAGUUACAGAUAUUUUUGGGAAAUGCCUACCUGUCCUUGAGGAGAUGGCUGAAGAGAAUAUGCCUUUGUUGGUUCAUGGGGAGGUUACAGAUCCUGACGUUGACGUAUUUGAUCGUGAGAAGGUCUUCAUUGAAGCUGUUUUACAACCUUUAGUCCAGAGGCUUCCGCAGCUGAAGGUAGUGAUGGAACACAUCACUACGAUUGAUGCUGUUAGGUUUGUUGAGUCCUGCAAAGAAGGAUUUGUAGCUGCAACUGUUACCCCACAGCAUCUUCUUCUCAAUAGAAAUGCCCUCUUUCAAGGUGGAUUGCAGCCACAUAGUUACUGCCUUCCAGUACUCAAGAGGGAGAUCCACAGACAGGCUAUUGUUUCUGCUGUGACUAGUGGAAGUAAAAGAUUUUUCCUCGGAACUGAUAGCGCUCCUCAUGAGAGACGAAGAAAAGAGUGCCCUUGUGGAUGUGCUGGUAUAUACAAUGCUCCCGUUGCCCUAUCACUAUAUGCAAAGGUCUUUGAAGAGGUAGGUGCGCUUGACAAGCUAGAGGCAUUUACAAGCUUCAAUGGACCCGACUUCUAUGGUCUUCCAAGAAACACAUCGAAAAUAAAAUUGAUCAGAACUCCAUGGACGGUACCUGAGUCUUUCUCCUUUUCAUUUGGAGAUAUCAUUCCAAUGUUUGCAGGGGAAACGCUUGAAUGGCAGCCAUCUUCCAUUUGAUUCAAAUUUUUACUUAGAGACGAUGACUUUGGUACUUUCUUUGUCCCACAUUUAUCAUACUAUGUUGAGAGAGUAGUUUCGUGGAAUUCUGAAUUCAUGUAACGCUUCCAAAAACGACAUUAUUCAAACGACGCCAAGUGAAUAAUGUCUUUUUUUUGGGCCAUAAACAACACAAUUUUUUUUAUCGACACUGAACUAUAUAUAUAUAUUUUAGUGUAUGUAUAAUCUUCUCGUCACAAAUUUCUAAUCAUCUAUUUAGAUAGGAUUCUCA